AUGAGUGAGGUUUUCAAAGAAGAAAAACUGUCGGAAGGGAUAAAAGAAACGGAAUACGGAGAGUGUUUCAGCUUUAAUUCUGUACUGAAUGAGAACACUGCACUGACAGCUAAUAAGGAAACUGGAACACCAAGUUUGAUUUUUACCGCUGUUGAUGCUAGUAUGAUACGAAUACACGCGCCCGAUGAAAUUAUAUCCGUUGAUAUGGAAAAUAUUUUAGGACGGACUAGCAUUUUGCCUCUACUCGCGAAUCUAGAAGCAAUAUUGAAAGUAGAACAGACAGUAAACGACGCAUCUGUUAGAUCCGUAUCAACAAAAUUACGCAGUUGUUUGUUCAAGAACGAAAAGCCUUUAUAUGUCAAAAGCUGGCCUUUUAAACUCUAUACAUAUAGUGCAUGUAAGCUUUACUGCAAGGCCCACACUCAGUACAAUCAUUGUAAUUGUACUCAUCACUUUCUAUCAAAUCUGGUUAACUUACCUGCCUGCGAUGUAAAAGGAUUGGCCUGCUUAAGUAAUAAAAAAGAUGAAAUUGGAAAGUUCAACUGUAGUUGUCCCAUGGGAUGUGAUGAGACAUCAUACAAAGUGACGCACGUAUUUUACAAUCGUUCCAGUAAAGCAGAGAAUGUUGUGCGUUCGUCUCGAAGUGUAGUUAGAUUUGGUCAGCUUCCCACUAUGAGAGUCAGACGAUUCGCUAUACGAGACAGCCUUGGACUUGUUGUGGACAUCGGCGGCGUUGGGGGUGUAUUUUUCGGCGCUUCACUUCUCAGUCUAAUUGAAUUUGUUUACUUAUUUUGUAUACGGCGGUAA